GCAGGACUGCAGACAUUCAGAGGAAGCUGGACAAGCAAUGGAUCUGCUGAAGGUUCUGCUGCUGCUGGGGCUGGGAGUUUCAGUGAACUCAGAUGUUUCUCUGCAGAAGAGAAUCAUUGGAGGUCAAAACUGUCCUGACACGGAGCGUCUUUAUCAUGUUCGGCUUGAGAGCAGCAAUGGUACUCAUAUGAGGCGCUGUGGAGGAUCUCUGAUCCACUCUUGGUGGAUUCUCACUGCAGCUCACUGCUGGAAGUCGGAGCCAGGAUGGACUAAUGUAGCAGUGUUAAAAGUUCAUCCACGGACUGCUGGGGAGCAGAGACAGAUGAUCCAAGUAACUCCUGUGAUUUAUACAAGCAGCAACCAGCAGGAUGACAUCAUGUUGCUGGGGCUUCAGACACCAGUAACAGAUGUCCCAGUUGCUCGUCUACCAGACUGCAGAUAUCGACUUCAACUAGAUGAUGUUGUUCAGCUGGCAGGAGAGGCAGCAACGACAACCGGCCCCAAUAAUCAGCGAUUGCCCCCCCCUGCUGCUAUUCCAGCACAUCUUCAGUGUGUCAACAUGAGAGUUGUUUAUGCUUCCCUCUUCAUGCAAAAUCAUGGGCUUGUAUUCCAUGUCAAAGCACCGAACAGGGAUGUCUGCUAUGGCGACGCUGGUGGAGCAGCGAUGUUCGGCGACAAGAUUUAUGGUGUGAUUUCUCUUGGUGGAGCAGAGGCAUGUCAGAGACCAGUUGUAAUCAUGGAUGUGUGUGAAUACAAGGCGUGGAUUAAAAGAAAAACUGGUCUUAAAUAAGACAUAAACUAUCAUGAAAUAAAAAUUCACAUCAAAUUUUGUCUCGCAUAUAAUUUUAAAAUUGUAUCUUCAUUAGUUUGAUCCACACCUUUGUAGAAUUACAAUGAAUCAAUAGUUUAGUUGUUUCUCACCUGAUCUUGACCUCCCUAAUGGAGCUUUCUCUGCCUCCGAAAUGAAAAAUGAAUCAAUAAAUGCAUGAAAAAGAAACA